AAUCAGCAGCAGUCUCUUACAUUGAAGCUUUUGCGUUACAUCGCGUGUGAGCCCUAGAAUUACCCCCAAGAGGAGCCGCUGCGUAACAUUCUCCAAAUCCGAUCUUCAAAAUCGCUCAUAUGGCUCGACUUCUAUCGAGAUCCGCUCGUCAGUUAUAUGGCAGUCAAUCUCUUUUGCAAUCACAGCAGCAUGCAGGCCCAAUUCGUUUCUAUGCCAAAGAAGCUGCUCCUGCAGCUCUUAAGGGUGAUGAAAUGUUGAAAGGUAUUUUCCUUGAUGUGAAGAAGAAAUUUGAGACUGCAAUCGGGGUUCUUCGCAAAGAGAAAAUUACCAUUGCUCCUGAAGAUCCUGCAGCAGUUGAACAGUAUGCUAAAGUCAUGAAGACUGUAAGGGAAAAGGCAGAUCUGUUCUCAGAAUCUCAGAGAAUCCAAUUCACCAUCAAGCAACGAACUGAUGGAAUCCAGGAUGCUCGAUCUUAUCUGCUGGCUUUGAAGGAUAUCCGUCUCAAGAGAGGGCUUACGGAUGAAUUAGGUGCUGAGGGUAUGAUGAUGGAUGCACUUGAGAAAGUUGAGAAGGAGAUUAAGAAGCCGCUUAUGAGGAAUGACAAGAAGGGGAUGGCUCUCCUCACUGAAGAAUUCAACAAGAUUAACCAAAAACUUGGCAUAAGAAAGGAAGACUUGCCUAAAUAUGAAGAAGAAUUGGAGAAGAAGAUCGCCAAAGCACAACUGGAAGAGCUGAAGAAGGAUGCCCUUGAGGCAAUGGAAACACAAAAGAAAAGGGAGGAAUUCAACGACGAGGAAAUGCCAGACGUGAAGUCUCUGGAUAUUAGAAACAUGCUAUGAGCUUCAAUAAUUAAUCUGCUCGUCUUGAGGAUUUCGACUUCAUUGAUAUCCGGAGAAGUUUGAUGAUAAAGACGACAAUGAUACCUGUUUAUGUAUCGAAUCAAGAGUCCAUGAAUAAAUGUUUGAUUUUUUGAAGUGAAGCUAAAAAAUUCUCACUUGUUUCUUUCUGCACAACUCAACUCUUUCUCCUUUUUAAAUAAUUUUUGUAAGAAGUUUCUCAUGAUCA